AUGUCCCAUGUCCUCCCACGGCCGCUUCCUGAGUCAGAGACUGCUACACUAUCGGCUUUGCAGUUGGAACGCCUGAUCAAAACUGCAAUGCACGUCGAGCGGGUGUGGCUGCUGCCUAGAAGGGACUCUUUUCUCGUCCGGGAACUAUGUGUUUCAGAUGACAUUGAAAACUCAAUCCCUCGUGUCCGAUACCUAGCUUUUGUCUCCGACCAUUAUUUGCUGUCCUUGGGCUCUGGGGGAAAAAUCAACUUGUGGAAAAUCAACGAUGUUUUCGCACCUUUCGCUGCAGAGGUUUAUGUCACCUAUGCUUCUUCAACAUGGUAUCCUUGUGCAUAUCAUAUGAACACAGCUGGCUCCAUACUUGCUAUUGCAUUAACGCAUGUUGAACUCGUUGCUGCGAGAGUCUUAACCAUCUCUCUCGAUACCGGUGGUUUGUCAGAUUCAGGUCCUCCACUUCUAGUCACUCAAGGAGAAUUUUCAAUAUUUCCACCACAAGUCAUCAGGGCGAUUGAUGCCGACUUAGAGCUCGCUUUGCUGUCUAACACUGCCUUAUCAUUCGAAGUUGUGAACUGGAGAACCAAAGCUCAAGCUACAAUAGCUCUUCGUGCUAAUGAUCCUGGAGAUUUAUGGAAUGGCAUCACCGCCAUGCGAAUAUGUGGACCGUAUAUCCUGGUUUUUAGAAUGCACACCGUCGAGGCGUAUCCUCUCCCCUCGCAUAUAUCUUCUGGAGUUGGAGAGCAUUCUGAUAUUCUACCCCAACUCACAUUCAGAUUCCCACACACCAUGACCUACCGCCGUGUAUCUCUCACGAAAACUACGUGCAUCAAAGACGAUGAAUCCGAAAUUUAUGGGCUAUCCGCGCUUGCAAACGAUCUAUUCCAUGGCAUAUUUCAUUUUUAUGUGAAGUUGGCAGUGCGUGCCUUGCCAUCAUUGUCGGUCUCGCCUUUGGGAGUCCGUCCCAUGGCAGUCGCUUCGCCACAAUUUGACGUGGCGCCAUUGCCUGAAGAUUUAUCGCAACCACUGGCGCCUCCAGUCCCGUUUGGAAUUGUGCAGGACACGAGGACAUUUGUAUCAGCUUGGGCAUUGGGAGACUACGGCAGACGUGGGAUCUGGGUAGCAAGGUCGCGGACCAACAUGAUCCGCACCGUUGUGGCAUUCACAAAUCCUCCGGAUGUUAGCAAUACAUUAGGAGAAACCCGUGUCUGGAAUAAUGAUUUACUGCAGGCAAACAUCGACUCGGAAAGGCCAAGGCUAAUUAACGGCCAAGUGGUUCACGAUAUACCCUUACGAGGUUGGUCUUGA